AACAGGAGAACUGUCUUUUGGCAGAAGCAAAGGUUGAGUACAUGAGCACACACACACAGCUCAAAGGAUUUAUUACCUUGGACAACUUGGAGGCAGCACUCAAAUAUCAGAACUGGCCAGAGUACUUCAGUGGACCACAGAGAACUGUGAACAGAGAAGCUUCUGAAUUCUUGAGCCAUUGGACUGCAUCAAGAUGAUGAAAAAAGCCAAGGUUUUAGAUCCAACUGCUGCUGGGCAAGGCGGACUGGAAAUUCUACCUCUCAGGAGACAAGGCAUCAAAAGGAGAUCUAAGGUUCCCGGUGUUAUGAUUACACAGUAUUUUGAGGAACUUCCUGAGGGGAUGACAACUCCAGACUUCACACGUAAACCGAUCGCUUUAACCAUUCAAGAAGGAAAACUAGCCAUUUUUAAAGCCAAAGUGAUUGGAAACCCAGCACCCACUGUAACCUGGCAUAGAGCACAAGGAGAAAUUAAUGAUCCCCAAAAGUUUCAGAACAAAUAUGACCCCACAACUAAUGAAUACACUUUGGAGAUACCUAAAGUCAGUGGUGAUGAAGUCGACACUUACAAAUGCUAUGCCUCAAAUGAAUAUGGAAAAGCUGUUUGCACUGUUGUCCUAAAUGUCAUUGAAGUUGGAUUCAAAAAGGACAAAGAAAUGCAAAAGGCUGAUGGAACUACUGCAGGUGACCCAACAGAGUUUAGAAAGAGGCUCAGGAAAAGUGCUGGUAAAAAAGCUGAGGAGAAAAAGGAAGGUGACAUUGACGACUCUGUAUGGGAAUUGCUGCUGAGUGCUGAGAAGAAAGACUAUGAACGCAUUUGCAUCGAGUAUGGCAUCACUGAUUACCGUGGCAUGCUGAAGAAACUGGUUGAGAUGAAGAAGGAAAGAGAAGAGGAGCAGGCAGAGUUCAUCCAAUAUCUCCAUAAUCUCAAGCCCAUUGAGAUGAAAUCUGAGGAUGCUGCAACCUUUGAACUGGAAAUGGAGCUUAAAGACCCCAACAGUCGCAUUUUUCUGUAUAAGGAUGGUGUCAUGAUUCCAUACAGCAAAGAUGUUGAAGGCGAAUUAAAGCACUGUCUAAAACAAGUUGGCAAGAAGUAUAUCUUCACUGUUAAAAAUCUCAAUCCAGAAGAUGCCGGAAUCUAUCAAGUGGAUGUUGAGGGUGUCAAUAUCUUUUCAACUGAUUUCAAGGUUCCCCCUGUGGACUUUGCCCUGAAGAUUAAGGAGGUGACGGCCCAAGAGAGAGAGGAUGCCAUCUUUGAGUGUGUUUUAACUCAGCCCAUUAGUAAGAUGGUUUGGACCCUAAAAAAUACACCUCUCUUUAACAAUGAGAAAUAUGAGAUUACGUGUUCAGAAGAUAAACUGAUCCACUGUCUGAGGAUUAUUGAUUGUAUGCCUUUGGAUGCUGGAAUCUAUGCUGCUAUAGCCGGCAUUAGGUCUUGCAGUGCUUGGCUGAUUGUAGAAGCUGACAAAGAUCCUGCAACAAAGGGGAAGAAGAAAGCCCGUAAAACCACUCAGGCAGGUGGUGGUGGUGAUGACUUGCUGAAGGUUGCUGCUGAGCAGGCAGAGAGGAACAAGAAGGAGAUAGCAGAAGCUUUGGAGGCUGCUAAAAAUCUCCGGGCUGAAAGAGAGGCAGCAGAAGCUGAAGCUAAAGCCAGAGCUGCAGCUGAAGCCGAAGCCGAAGCAGCAAAAGCGGCAGCAGCUGCCGUGGCCGCAACUGCUGCUAAAGCUGCACAGGAUGCUCUUGCCGCAGCUAAAGCCAAAGUUAAAUCUGAGGCUGAAGCUAAAGCCGCAGCAGAAGCAGCUGUACUGGCUGCAGCAGCUAAAGCCAAAUCCAGUGCUGAGGAGGAGGCCAGGAAGCAGGCUGAACUCAGGGCCUUAAGUGAAGGUCUGAGUGCUGAGCAAGCUGCUGCAGCAAGUCUUGGGAAGGCUGGAGCUGCAGGUGGAGUUGGAGGUGGUGCUGCAGCAGUGGUAGGAGCAGUAAGGGCUGCAGAAUCUACAGGUACUGGAGAAGCUGGAGGAGCUGGAGGAGCCGGAGGAGCCACAGGAGCCAGAGGAGCUGGAGGAGCCAGAGGAGCCACAGGAAUUGGAGGAGCUAGUGGAGCCGGAGGAGCCACACAAGCUGGUGGAGCAGGAGGAGCCACAGGAGCCGGAGGAGCCACAGGAGAUGGAGGAGCUGGUGGAGCCGGAGGAGCCACAGGACCUGGAGGAGCUAGAGUAGCUGGUGGACCCACAGGAGCUGGAGGAGCCAGAGGAGCUGGAGGGGCUGAUGGAGCCGGAGGUGCUGGUGGAGCUGGAGGAGUUGGAGGGGCUGAUGGAGCCGGAGGUGCCGGUGGAGCAGGAGGAACUGGUGGAGCCGAUGGAGCUGGAGGAGCCGGAGGAGCUGAUGGAGCUGGAGGAGCUGGUGGGGCUGGAGGAGCUGGAGCUGCUGGUGGGGCCGGAGGAGCUGAUGGUUCUGGAGGAAGCGGUGGCGAGGGAGGAGAGGGAGGAGAUGGAGGAGACAAGAAGCGUCAAAGAGCAGGACCUCUUGUACCAGAGACUGUCGUAGGAAACUCAAACACACCCAGCACAUUUCCAGAUGUGAGCAUGGAGCGUUGUAAGCAGGAAGUGGAAGCCGAGGGCUGUACUCGUGUAAGACAAGGCCCACUGAUGCCAGACACAGUGACUGGUGGAGGUAACCCAUCAGAUAAAGAAAAACCAUCAGGGUAUGGCAAGCCAUCAGGUUCCGGUAAUCCAUCAGGUUCCGGUAACCCAUCAGGUUCAGGAAACCCGUCAGGUUCUGAAAAUCCUUCAGGUUCUGGGAACCCAUCCGGGUCUGGUAGCGCUUCAGGUUCUGGCAGCGCUUCAGGUUCAGGGGACCCACCAGGCCCUGGAAAGCCACCAGGUCCUGGAGGGUCAUCAGAGGGCACCACUGAAGCUACAGAGGAAGAAAAAGAAGAUGAAGAUGAAAAGGAUGCGUCAGCUAAAGCUGGCAAGCGUUCAGGUCGUAAAAAACAAGGCCCACAGGUUCCGGAGACAGUUGUUGAUCCUGGUGUUCACUUUUCUGCUGGUCUGGAAGACUGCAAAGCUAUUGUGGGAGAGGCAGCUGAACUGGUCUGCAAACUUAGCAGUGCUGACUGUAAGGGCGUCUGGUCCAAAGAUGGCAGUGAGAUUACUGCCUCCACUGAAGGUAUAACUAUCAGUAACGAGGGAGCAGUUCACAAACUGAAAAUUGCCAAAGUAACAGAGGAAUUUGCUGGAAAAUAUAAAUUUGAGGCUGAUGGGCGUAAAACUGAAUGUGUGGUUGCUGUUGAAGAUCCACCAAGAUUCGAUGACAAGGAAAUUGAAGCAUUUGCAAAACCGAUUGUGAUCAAACACAAUCAGAAAGCCUCCUUCAAAAUUCCAUUUAUUGGCCGUGAGCCAUUCAAAGUCCAGUGGUACAAAGAUGGUGAAGAGCUCACGCCUGACUCUCACUGCAAGAUUGAGAUUUCAGAGGGGGAAAGCCGUCUGCUUCUCACCAAACUACAGCGUAAAGACACAGGGGAAAUAAAAAUCAAAGUCAAAAAUGAGUUUGGUGCAGCUGAAGCUAUUUCUAAUCUAGUUGUACUUGAUAAACCUACCCCCCCAGUUGGACCACUGGAGAUCAUUGAGGCAUCUGCCAACUGCAUUGAGAUCAAGUGGAGACCACCAAAAGACAAUGGUGGUUGCCCUAUUAAACAUUACAUACUUGAGCGUAACCAAAUUGGACGCAACACAUGGAAAAAGAUAGGCCAGAUCCCAGGUGAAGCCCACUACAGAGACAGUGAUGUUGACCAUGGUAGGAGAUACUGUUAUCGUAUCAGAGCUGAGACUGAUGAGGGCAUCAGUGAACAGAUGGAGACUGAGGAUGUGCAGGCUGGCACUAAAGCAUAUCCUGGUCAACCAUCUGCUCCUAAAGUAGCCAGUGCCUUCAAAGACUGCAUUAACCUGACAUGGAGUCCUCCGACCAACACUGGAGGAACCAGUAUUUUGGGUUAUAACUUAGAGAAACGCAAGAAGGGUAGCAACUUGUGGGGCCAAGUCAAUCCAACAGAUCAACCAAUCCAAGCAAAGAAAUAUGCUGUAAAAGAUGUAGUUGAAGGAAUGGAGUAUGAGUUCCGUGUAUCCGCCAUCAACAUAUCUGGAGCUGGUGAACCAAGUAACCCCUCAGAAUUUGUGUUUGCAAGAGAUCCCAAAAAACCCCCUGGUAAAGUCAUUGACCUUAAAGUGACAGACUCCACCUACACUACCUUAUCCUUGUCUUGGACUAAACCAAAAGAAGAGCCUGGUGUUCAGGAUGAGGCCAAGGGAUACUUUGUGGAUGUCAGGCCUGCUGAGAACACAGAAUGGGAUCGAUGCAACACAAAUGCCAUUAUCAUGACCUCUUACACUGUAAAGGGACUGAAAUCAAUGGCCAUGUAUUGGGUUAGAGUGAUCGCCAUCAAUGAUGGUGGAGAGGGUGAGCCACAGGAGCUUAACAACUACAUCUUGGCUAUGCCUCCUCCAGUGAGACCGAGAUUCACAGAUUCUAACAUCAAGAGCUUCAUGGUGGUCAGAGCUGGAAAUUCUGCACGAUUCAACAUCAACUUUGAGGCUUCCCCAUGGCCUGAUGUCAUCUGGCUUAAAGAUGCUAUCCCUGUGUCCAAACGUGUCACUAUUAGCAAUGCUGAGGGAGGCUCUCAGAUCCUGAUCCCAUCUGCAGAUCGCUCUGAUACAGGAAUCUAUACCAUCAUUGUCAAGAACGUUGUGGGACAAGAGACCUUCAGUAUUGAGAUUAGAGUUACAGAUGAGCCAAAGCCCCCAGGCCCCAUAGAGUUGGAUGAGAAUGUUCCGGGCACGGUGACAGUUUCCUGGGAACCAUCCCCAGACGAGAAACGUGAUGAUCGCCUACAUUACAUGGUGACCAAGAGAGACUCGAGCAAGAGGUCCUGGCACACUGUAGCAGACCGUAUCUUCAACAACCGUUUCACAGCCUGUAACAUCAUGCCAGGGAGAGAAUACCAGUUCCGUGUGUACUCCAAAAAUGACAUUGGCCUGUCUGCCCCUUCGGAGUCACCAAAAUGGCUAAUCACAUGCAAGAAAGAAAAAUUCACACUGAAAAUCCCAGAGUCCAAGACCUGCAACUUGGAGAGUCCUCCGAGGUUUAUGGUCCCACUGAAAAUCCACACACCCCCACAAGGCUAUGAGUGCUACAUGAGUUGUGCCGUGAGGGGCAACCCCACACCCCACAUCACCUGGUACCUCAACAAUGUCAGCCUCAACACUGACACCAACUACUACAUCACUAACACCUGUGGAGUGUGCUCCAUCCUCAUUCUCAGGGUUGGAGCCAAAGACAUGGGAGAGUAUAAAGUCAUAGCUGAGAGCUCACUGGGAAGAGCGGAGUGCACCACCAAUCUCACAGUGAGAGAAUAAAACCUUGACGUGGAGAGGAUGUCAAAAAUAUCACUUGCAAAUCAUGGUGCAAAUCUUUUUUUUUUUUUCUUUUUUUUUUUGAGGCCCUUUGUAGAACUACAGCAUUGAGUACUUUUGCAGAAAGAUUGCUCAUGUAAACGCUACACACUGUGUGGCCUUAUGAAACUACAUAUUGUUUUACUGUGUUUAAUAGAACAAAAAUCUGAAAACAAGAAGAAAAAACUCUUUGUGUUGUGCUGCUUGAGGUGCUGAUGCUAAUACGCCAUGCUUACCUAAUCCUGUUUGGCAAUAAUUUUACUUCAGCUUAGUUCAGUUUUGGGGAGGUUUAUUGUACUUGUACGCAAUUUAAUUUAUUAAUAUAUUUAUUCUUGGCUUUUGUGAAUGUACCCUGCUCUUUCGCAAAUUCAAUUACACACACACAAAAAAAAGUGCAAAGUACUGAUUUCUCACAUCCAUUUUUUUCUUUUUGCUUGUCUGGAAAUCCUAACAUAUAAAAGAAGCUAUUGCUUCUUCAGAUACCCUUUAUCAACAAAAAUGGUUUGGUGUAAAUAAAAUAUUCAGGUUCUUUAAACAGUG